CUUGCACACUUGGAUUCAGACAGGCAGCAGCCAACAGAUAACCCGGAUCAUGGAGGUCAUGUCAAAGAUGAUGGUGGUGGGAUCAGUGAUCGGGAAGGUCAUAGAAAUGAUCAUCUUGGUCUCGAAAGGCGUCCACUACCUGAUUAACACUAUGAAGGAAAAUAAUGAGACCUAUUCCAGCAUUUCCCAGAGACUCAAAGUACUGGAGGACCUGGUGAAGUCCAUUCAACAGGAUGUAAAUGAAGAGUCCGUUAACGCUGCUUUAGAAAAUCUUGAAGAUGUUCUGUCUUCAGCUUAUUGGAAGAUCGAGGAUUUCAAAGUUAAAAAGAAAUUAUGCCCGAUGUUGAAAUCCAGACACUACAAAUCAGAGUUCGCCAAAAUAAACCAAAGUCUCUCUGAGGCCUUUGAGUGUCUCUCUGCGGCUCUGCAUGUCCACCAAUGGAAGAAGCUGGUCGCACAGGAGAAGAAGCUGGGAGAACAGAAGAAGAAGCUGGUCGAACAGGAGAAGAAGCAGGUCGCACAGGAGAAGAAGCUGGUCGAACAGGAGAAGAAGCUGGUCGAACAGGAGAAGAAGCUGGUCGAACAGGAGAAGAAGCAGCUCGAACACGAGAAGAAGCAGGUCAAACAGGAGAAGAAGCUGGUCGAACAGGAGAAGAAGCAGGUCGAACAGGAGAAGAAGCUGGUCCAACAGGAGAAGAAGCUGGUCGAACAGGAGAAGAAGCUGGAAGAACAGGAGAAGAAGCAGGUCGAACACGAGAAGAAGCAGGUCGAACAGGAGAAGAAGCUGGUCGAACAGGAGAAGAAGCUGGUCCAACAGGAGAAGAAGCAGGUCGAACAGGAGAAGAAGCUGGUCCAACAGGAGAAGAAGCUGGUCGAACAGGAGAAGAAGCUGGUCCAACAGGAGAAGAAGCAGGUCGAACAGGAGAAGAAGCUGGAAGAACAGAAGAAGAAGCUGGAAGAACAGAAGAAGAAGCUGGAAGAACAGGAAAACAUGUGUGGGGGGCCACUGCGAAGAUGGAGACGAGCGUUGUCAGAAAUCUGUCCAUCAUGUUUCAGACACAAUAAUAGGGACAUAAUCGAUUAAGACACUUUUAGUGCAAUGUAAAUGUGUUGUACAGGAAUCACAGACAUGCUCCCAUCAAUCACAGGAAUGCCUCAUUGUUUGUAUGAUUUGUACCUUUGAAACCCAGGAAACAUUCAUGUAAACGCGAGUCCACAGAAUAUUUACCAAAUGAUAUCCUAAAUGACAGAGGAGGGAAGG